AUGUCUUUCGCUAAAUUCGUCGCUGCUUUAACUGUUGCUGCCUCUGCUUACGCCUUGUCCGCUGAAGACCAAGUCAGUGAAAUGCAAAUCAUCAUGGCUGAUGUUAACGCUAACUUGGCUGACUACGUUGGUUUAGUCGCCGACAUGGAUAUCCCAGAUGCUUUAUUCAACUUAUACACUGAAAUGGCUACCGCUACUGAUGACUCCUACACCAAGGACAUGGCUGCUUUGGACAUGAACCAAAUCUCCGCUAUGUUGACUGUUUUACCAUGGUACUCUUCUAGAUUGGAAGGUAAGGUUGCUCAAUUCGGUGAAGCUGCUGCCACCACUAAGGCUGAAGAAACCACUACUUCCAAGGUUGAAACUACCUCUUCCAAGGCUCCAGAAACCACCACCAAGACUGAAGAAUCUUCCAAGGCCCCAGAAACCACCACCAAGACUGAAGAAUCUUCCAAGGCCCCAGAAACCACCACCAAGACCGAAGAAUCUUCCAAGGCUCCAGAAACCACCACCAAGACCGAAGAAUCUUCCAAGGCUCCAGAAACCACCACCAAGGCUGAAACCACUGAAGCUCCAGCUACCAAGACUUCUCAAUCUACUGUUGCUGCUAUCUCUCAAAUCACUGAUGGUCAAAUCCAAGCUACUGUUGAACAACAAACCGAAAACGGUGCCGCUAAGAUGGUUGCUGGUUUAGGUGCUGGUGUUGCUGCUGCUGCUGCUUUAUUAUUAUAA